AUGUCUGAUAAAUGGUGGACUAAUGUGUUAAAUUCUAACUCUAAUGUUGUUCAACAUAUCUUAAAAACAUUACAGAGAGAUUUAGGAAUAAAAUUACUGGCGUUUGAUUUCGAUUUAACCCUCGUUGACCUGAACACAGGGGGAAAGUGGAAGGGUUCUGUUGAGAAAUUGGCUUCACAUGUUAGACCAUGUUUCAAGGACUUGAUAGGUGCAGCUCUAGAGAAUGGUUCUUUCAAAUUGUGCAUAGUGACAUUUUCAGUUCAACCCGGAUUGAUUUCAAAAGUUUUGCGUCAUAUUUUUCCCAAUUAUAACACAGAUAAAAUUUUAAUUGAAGCAAAUCCGAGUAAAAUUAAUCCACAAUUAUCUUUGGAAGUUUACAAAGUUGGCAAACAAAACCAUUUAGACAAAGUUGUUCAAAGAAUUCAAAACGCUCACAACGUUGCAAUACAACCAAGCGAAAUUUUUUUAUUUGACGACAGAGUGUUGUACGUAAAAAUAGCGAAAAAGGCUGGUCUAAGAGCAUAUUUGGUUAAUAAUGAUGUGUCGUUGCAAAAAAUUAAAGAUUAUCUCUAUCAUCAAACCAAUAAGAUAAAUUCUAACGACAUGGACUUUAAAUAUGUCAACAUGCAAAAUACUUCAAAAGGUACGGUUUUUGAAUUGAAAAGUCACCAUCCAGAAGCAAAUUUAGUUCAAUCACCAGCAUGGAACCAGGCAAUGGAGACAAGAUAUGGAAUUAAAAUGCCAGUAUCUGUUGUACACAUUAAAUAA